AUGGCGGAUCCAGUCACCAUUGGUGCUACUGUAGGAUGGGGUGUGUCCGUUGUAGGUUGGCUCGUCUCGCCCAUCAUUUCUAGACUCCUUAACAAAGCUUUCGCCCACCUCGACUUCGAUGCAACGGAGAAGAUGAAUAUACUUGAUAUGCAACUUUUACAACUGCAGCGGGUGACGGAAGUAGUCGACGACAGCACUUACAGGGUUCGCUUGGAGCCACUGUUAGACAAGCUCCGAUCUGCUGUCUACGAAGCCGAAGACAUCUUGGAUGCUCUUGAAUAUCAGCGUCUCGAGAAACAGAUCCAAGAUGCCAACUCAGCCAGCAGUAAGAUGGAUUCGCUGAAGAAGACUCUUCGGUCUGCCAUGCCGAGAUCCCUACUAAAAGAUAAGAUAGAUGGCUCGUGA